CUAUUAUUUGCUGGUGUAUAUUUUGGGAACUAACCAUCGUUCUAUGGCUUUUGACGCGGCGAUGAAAUAUUUAUUCGCCACUAGCGCCGCCUUUGGUCGCAUAUUAAGUUUGUGAGGUUUGUAGAUGUACACACGUAUACAACGUAGCAACCAGUAAUACAUCUCUACCUAUAUAUAUAUAUAUAUGUAUACUAAACUAAAAUAUUGUGUUGUCUUCGUGUCCCCUAUUCUCUGUUUUUUAAUUAAGAAUGUUCUAAAUGUUAUGCAUUUGUCGAAUAAAAUUCUUUACGACUAUGAAUUGAUCGAUUAACGAACGAAUGUUUUACUUUUAUUGACAAUGAGCUUAACAAGUAAUCAAAUAUAAGUCGUGUAAGCUUAAUCGCUAUUGUGGAGUCCAUCGGGAAGAAAGAAGAUUGAAGAAAUAUGUGCAUCCUCGCUGUGUAAUGUGAUGUACGAGUGUCGUAAGGUUCACAGAGAGUCGAAGGGGAUGGGCUGUUAAAAGAUCUACAGCUAGUCGCGUCCCACGCUGGAAGAGAUGGAUCCCUCUAUAUUUUUGCAAUACUCUCCUCCCAAUGGGCUGCCCCAGGAGUCGAAGUUAGCGACGUACAUGAACCGUUCUGCCACAACUCCAACAAGGUCGUUAAAUCAGGCAUUAGGUAAGGUCAGUUUGGAGUCAUCACCAACUUCUAUCAAAAAGAUACUGAUUGGUGAGUUUGUGCCACUCAACUACUUCAGCCCGGCAAACAUCCUGCCGGACUCACCAGAGAGUUCACCACCAUCUACAUUGGCUAUCCCUACCAGCCAUCCACCACAAGUUCACCAGGAGAAUGUUGGAGGUACAACAUAUUUCUACUCUACAAACGCAGAUGGGCUCAGUGGCACUGGACCUCAACAUCCUGCUGCUAUGGAAUCCUGCAUCGGGCCGGGCGUGGUAGGGCCUACUGCCGGAGCCUCGCCCUACGGCCAACAGAUGUACCCGGGGACCCCCACACACAUGGGUCCUAUGACUUCCAAGCCAGGUCUGGCGUCAACGUUCUACAUGCCCGAAACCAUACGUGCGGAGAUCUACCAGCGAAAUGAUGAUAUCUUUCUAACUACUGACCUGCGUCAGUACCCUGACCUGCCAGAGAACGUGGAGAUGUACUCGGAGCUGACGCCGCUAGAGGGUGCAGCGCCGCACGCGAUGGCAACGUCGUUCCGCGCCACGCACCGCGCCAGCGCCGAACACUACGCGCUGCGCCGCCUGCACUCCUUCGCCGGUGUCCCCACCAAGCGUCUUGAGCUAUGGAAGCAGAUCGACCACCCCAACAUUAUAAGACUCCAUGAUGUUUUCACUACUAAAGCGUUCGGCGAUCACUCGAUGAUGUUGGUGUACGAUUACCACCCGGCAUGCGUGACCUUGAUGAACAAGUACCUGUCGGGCGGCGGCGGCGGCGCAGUCACCGACGGCAAUGGCGCCUUCCACGACCCCUUCUCUUCGGACCCGGACGCGCCGCGCCCUUACACGCACCAGAAAAACGCGAUGUUGCGUGCGGUUGCGUGCGGCGCCCUGUUGCCCGAGGCGGUGCUAUGGAGCCUGCUGGUGCAGCUGACGGCCGCUCUGCGCGCCAUACACACCGCCGGACUGGCUUGCAGGAGCCUAGACCCCACUAAGGUGGUGAUGAACGGGUGUCGAGUGCGCAUCGCGUGGUGCGGUGUCGCUGACGCCCUGCACCCUAACACCAAUGACGUUGGACAGGCGCAACAAGACGACUUGACGGCCCUGGGGCGGCUGGCUCUGGCGCUGGCUUGCCGCACUAUCCACUGCGAUAACCUGCCCGCCUCCAUGGAGCUGGUGGCGCGCACCUACUCCGCCGAUCUCAAGAACCUCAUACUGUAUUUGCUCUCCACGUCAGCCGCUCGCCGCUCCGUCACUGAUCUCAUGCCUAUGAUUGGAGCUCGCUUCUACAACCAGGUAGAAGCGCUAGAGCGUCGUGCGGACGCAUUCGAGGAGCAACUGGCGCGAGAAAUCGACAACGGCAGACUCCUGCGCAUACUGAUCAAGUUGGGGAUAGUCAACGAACGUCCAGAACUGAACAUGGACGCGUCGUGGUCGGAAACGGGUGACCGCUACAUGCUGAAGCUGUUCCGCGACUACCUGUUCCACUCGGUGAGCGAGGACGGGCGGCCGUGGCUCGACCAGGCACACAUCGCCCACUGCCUGAACCAACUCGACGGCGGCUCCAUUGAAAAGGUGGAGCUGAUGUCGCGCGACGAACAAAGCGUACUGGUGGUGUCGUACGCGGAACUGAAGCACUGCCUGGAACAGGCGUUCGAGGAAGUGAUGCAGGCCUCGGCUCCGCUCCCCUAGCCCGUGCUGUACCCGGGACCAGCGCCGCCCUCGCCGCUCCCGUUGCCCCCUGCCCUCAUACCGCUACCCCCCCUACCCCCGCUCCCAUCGCUCCCCCCGCUGCCACCCCUACACCACCCCCCGCCACCACUCCUAUACCAGGGCCCAUACAUUUACUUCCAACAAUUAAACUGAAUGAAUGGACAAAUGGACAACAAGUGAUUACAAACUACAUUGGUGUUGUGUUACUAUAUUGAAUCUUAUGCAUAGCUAAAGCGAAACUACAAUUUACGAUAUUCAUUUCAUAAAUGUAGCAUGUAUGUAACCAAUAUCAUAACAAUAGCAAAUAUCAUUCUUUACAGUGUUUUAAAAUUGAAUGUUUAUGUAUCCAUGCUGAGGCAGAAUAGCGGUCGUGCAUAAGCUAAUCAGUAAUCACAUUAAUUCGUUUAACGUUAAGAGAAUUCAGCGUAAUAGUUUGCAUGUUACUUCAAGUAGUGUUUUAAAAUAUCCAAAGCUUCAAGUGUUUCUGUACUGUAACAUUGAAUACAAAUACUUUUGUUACUAUAAGCAAAAAAAGACGACUAGCUGUGUAUAGUACAGUUGAAAUCAUUCAUUCAAUAUUCGCGUAUCAUAUGAAAAUUAAAACGAGUGACACCCAAUCUCACGUGUCAAGUUAGCAGGGUAUAGGUAUAACUCACCGCCCGUUGCAUUGCUAUUUUUGUCUCAAUAUUGCAAUUGUUAUAAUAUCCCUGUUUGUAAAGUACGGUUCAACACCCGCUGCUGAAGUGAAUUUUAAUGUACAUAUGUUGUACAAAUUAUUGGGUGAUAGUUGUGAUAACGCACAGUCGUUAUUUUUAUCUCAAUGAAGAUGACUUUGCCAAUUUCCCGCGCAAUCACAAUGGUGAUUAUAAUCUUAUCAGGCGCGAUGUGAAGUGUGGGCACUUGAAUCCCUAAUAUCUAUAUUAUAAUUGCGGUUUGAGGAACCGAAACUUCGUAGAGCUUAGUAAGAGUUUUACUAUGUAAGGGAAGCGGAGUUCGUGGGCUACCAACAGAGCAGAACUGAGUUGUAACGCGAUCUCAUUAUCGGGGGUGAUGCACGUUACAAUUGGUUCGAUAUUUUUAUAUUGUAUGGGUGACGACGUUAAUACGUCCGUAAUCCUAUGUUAUACACACUUAAAGCUUUAAGUGUCCAAUUAUAGUUUUUUUUAAAAGCGCCGUAUCGAUGUACCGUAACGAUCAGCCGCCUGAACAAACGCCACAAACAUUCCAAACUAACAACAAACAUUAAAGCGAUCAAACCUCUGUGAAAACAGUUGGCAGUAACCACUACCGCUACCGUUUGCCCUCUACGCAUAGAGCUAAACUAACUUAUGAUGUGCACGAUAAUAGAGAGAUCGGGAAGAAGGGGCGGAGAGGCAAACGAUAGCGCGCGGGUUGCGAUGCGCAAGAGGCGCGUGCCUGCAGCUAGCUGGUUAUAUCACGUAGAUCAGAAUUUGUAUUAUACAAUGUAAGGGCUAGGCGACUAGACAUGGCCACCAACCCCCUCGGCAAGGGAUCCGCGCCUCGCGCUGCUCCUUUUUUUAUCAAUGGUUUCAACCAAUAGCAGUACGAUUUUUAUCCACGUAGAUAGCAUUCGCUACGUUUAUUGGUCAAAGCCAAUGUAAUUAUCGACACGCGCGGCGUGGAACCUAUUGACAUAGUGGCAGUAAAUAGGAAACUUUCUAACAUUCGCCUGCUAGUCGCCUACCACGCCCAAUACUUUUAGAAAAGAUUCAAUUUUGUUCAGUUUAUUUAUCUUGCCAUCUUUUUUAUUUAUGAAACAUCUUACAUUACAGAGUACUAGGUCUAUCUUUAUAAUUCCAUUUGAAUAACUGAUAUCGUAGCAUACCUGUGGCAACCGUCCGUUACGUGCGGAAACGAAAACAGAUACUAAACCAGUUCAGUUUCAGUAUUUAAUAUCCUAUAGUUGAGUCACAGUUUAUGUUUUUUAUUAGUUUCUUACCUCUAUAGCUAAACUACAAUAAACUUUUGAUUAAUAAAAUUAAAAUGGUUCGAUGAAAGAUUACCUUAGUUAGGUGUAAUUUUAUUAUUAUAUUUAUUUUAUUGAUAUUAUAUAUUAUUUUAACGUAGGGAUCCCGUUGUUGAUGUUGCAAAUUCCGAUCUAUGUAGUGAUGGUCUCUGAUGUUCCACGGAAUUGAGAUGGAAAUAUUUUGAGAUAAACAUAAGUGUAUAUUUUUUUUUAACAAAUAAAUCAUUUAAAUUAAA